UUCGAGGUCGGGAACUCGGACCUCUUCCUCGAGUUCCGAUUUUCCGACUUGAAGAUCGCUAACCUCGUGGUUUUUGAAGUUCCCAGUUGUCUUGAAAGCAGUUAUAAACCGUGGACAUUAAACAUUUGCACAUGCUGAAAAUUCCUGAGCUCAAAAGUAUUACAAGUAAUUUGCAUUUAUCAGGGAGCUUUGAAAUAUUCUGAGUUUGUAGAUAGAGUCCGAUUUCAUUGACGAAAUGUAUACCUUUUUUUUGUUGCCCUAAACGAUUUAUUUUAUAUCUCGGUGUAUAACGGAAACAAACGUAAUAUUGGUAAAACGAAAGUUAGAUGAUACAAACCUCAAUGAUUUAAUGAUGGUUGCAAUGAUUUUCACCUGUGUACAUUUGAUCUAUUAGAGGACUGCAAUAAUAGUAGUGAAAGAUGAAUGCUAUAAAAGGCCCUACAAUUGGGAAGUGAAGAAUGGUCAGACUUCGUUUGCCCUGCCAGAAAAACAACGAUCUAGAGAGACUUCUGUGACUCUUCUAAGAUACAAAGCGAGGGAUCCAAACUGUGUACAUUUUGAAGCCAUGAGCCGCGGAUUCAGUGAAGUUCAACGUCCCUCCACAGUGUCCUCAGUGACCGAGCCCAUGUGUGUACUCACCACAGAGUGGGCGUGGUUCUGGGAGGACGAGUACGGCAAAUGGAUCCAGUACGCAUCCAUCAAAGAGAUGCACAGAUGGUCGUCCAUCACCAGUGAAGACCUUGAGAAAAGGUUCCAGGAGGAUCAAAGUGCUGUGGUGAAGUUCACUGCAGGCCAGCAGUCUUAUGAGCUGAGUUUCAGAGACAUGACGCAAAAAAACAAAAGAUACGGUACUGUAAGGAUGGUCAGGCGUCGUCCUGUGUUUGUUUCAACUGCAGACAGCAGGACAAAUAGAACAUACAAGUCCUCUCAGAAUUUCAGAGAUGUUCCUGGAUUUUGGGACAAGUCUGCCAUACCUGACAUUGGAUAUAAGACAGUCACUCUUCUGAGUUCUGACAGGGACUAUCAGAAGGUCCAGAGACUUUUCAACAACACCAUGAGGGGCUUCCAGAUCACCAGCAUCGAGAGGGUCCAAAACAGGGACCUCUGGGAAGUCUUCCAGUGGAAAAGAGAUUUGAUGAAGAAAAACAAUGGGGGUAAAAGCUGCAAGGAGCUUCAUCUCUUCCACGGAACGGACCCAAAACACGUAGACGCCAUUUGCAGAGAUAACUUCGACUGGAGGCUGUGUGGAACCAAUGGAACUACGUAUGGCGAAGGGAGUUACUUUGCCAGGGAUGCCAAGUACUCACACUGCUUCACCGGCCACUCAGGAGUGAGGUCCAUGUUUGUUUGUCAGGUGCUUGUUGGUGACUACACACGGGGUAAUUCGGCGCUCCGUCGUCCCCCUCCAAAAGGCGAGGGAAAUCCCACUUUCUAUGACAGCUGUGUGGACAAUGUCCUGAACCCAUCCAUAUAUGUGGUGUUUGAAAAGCACCAGGUGUACCCCGAGUUCCUCAUCAGAUAUGAUGAUGGCGUCAUGCACUUGUCCUCUUCGGCUCCAGCUCCACCAAAAACUGUCUCUAUCCAAUCCACUUACAUAGUCCAAUACCCAGCAUCCAACCAGAUUCAAGCAGCAGCUUCUGCUACUCUGCAAAACCCUCAAGUUCCAUCCACUUCCACUUUGAGUCCAUCUCAAGCAGCCACCACUUUCUCUAAUCCAACCAAUUAUUUUCCCCCUUCACGUCUCCCAAAACCUGGCCGAACCACAUUGGGAUUCAGUCAAUCUGCAGUCAUCAUGAAGCCAGCCCCAAGUUCUCAAUUGGUGGAUAACACCCUAGGCCAAGCUAAUUGGUCUUACACUCCCUCAUUCAGCAAACUCCCUCAUAAACUCAUUAUCCAAGCCAGCGCCCCCUCUCGUACACCCACUACCCCACCCAGCACCCCCUCUUGUACACCCACUACCCCAGCCAGUAUCCCCUCUCCUACACUCCCUACCCCAUCCAGUACCCCCUCUUACAUACUACCUACCCCAGCCAGUACCCCCUCUUAUACACGCAUUACCCCAGCGAGUACCCUGUCUUAUACACGCGUUACCCCAGCCAGUACCCCCUCUCGUACACCCACUACCCCAGCCAGUACCCCCUCUCGUACACCAAGUACCCCCUCUCGUACACCCACAACUCCAGCUAGUACCCCCUCUCGUACACCCAGUACCCCCUCUCGUACACCCAGUACCCCCUCUCGUACACCCAGUACCCCCUCUAGUACACCCAGUACCCCCUCUCGUACACCCACUACCCCAGCCAGUACCCCCUCUCGUACACCCAGUACCCCCUCUCGUACACCCACAACUCCAGCUAGUACCCCCUCUCGUACACCCAGUACCCCCUCUCGUACACCCAGUACCCCCUCUCGUACACCCAGUACCCCCUCUCGUACACCCACAACUCCAGCUAGUACCCCCUCUCGUACACCCAGUACCCCCUCUCGUACACCCAGUAUCCCCUCUCGUACACCCAGUACCCCCUCUCGUACACCCACAACCCCAGCGAGUACCCCCUCUCGUACAUCCAGUACCCCCUCUCGUACAUCCACAACCCCAGCCAGUACCCCGUUUUAUGCACCCACUAGGCCACCCAGCAUCCCCUCUCGCACACUUACUCCUUCAGCCAGUGCCCCCUCUCCCACACUUACUCCUUCAGCCAGUGCCCCCUCUACCACACUUAUUCCCUCAGCCAGUGCCCCCUCUCCCACACUUACUCCCUCAGCCAGUGCCCCCUCUCCCACACUUACUCCUUCAGCCAGUGCCCCCUCUCCCACACUUACUCCUUCAGCCAGUGCCCCCUCUCCCACACUUACUCCCUCAGCCAGUGCCCCCUCUCCCACACUUACUCCUUCAGCCAGUGCCCCCUCUCCCACACUUACUCCUUCAGCCAGUGCCCCCUCUCCCACACUUACUCCUUCAGCCAGUGCCCCUCUCCCACACUUACUCCCUCACCAGUGCCCCCUCUCCCACACUUACUCCUUCAGCCAGUGCCCCCUCUCCCACACUUACUCCCUCAGCCAGUGCCCCCUCUCCCACACUUACUCCCUCAGCCAGUCCCACACCCCCUCAGCCUCCCACACUUACUCCUUCAGCCAGUGCCCCCUCUCCCACACUUACUCCUUCAGCCAGUGCCCCCUCUCCCACACUUACUCCCUCAGCCAGUGCCCCCUCUCCCACACUUACUCCCUCAGCCAGUGCCCCCUCUCCCACACUUACUCCCUCAGCCAGUGCCCCCUCUCCCACACUUACUCCCUCAGCCAGUGCCCCCUCUCCCACACUUACUCCUUCAGCCAGUGCCCCCUCUCCCACACUUACUCCUUCAGCCAGUGCCCCCUCUCCCACACUUACUCCUUCAGCCAGUGCCCCCUCUCCCACACUUACUCCCUCAGCCAGUGCCCCCUCUCCCACACUUACUCCCUCAGCCAGUGCCCCCUCUCCCACACUUACUCCUUCAGCCAGUGCCCCCUCUCGCACACUUACUCCUUCAGCCAGUGCCCCCUCUCCCACACUUACUCCCUCAGCCAGUGCCCCCUCUCGCACACUUACUCCCUCAGCCAGUGCCCCCUCUCGCACACUUAUUCCCUCAGCCAGUGCCCCCUCUCGCACACUCAUUACCCCUGGCACUGCCCACACUCACACACUCACUCGCUCAAGCAACCCCUUUCGCACACUCAGUACCCCUGCCAGGCCCCCUUCUCGCACAUUUUCCCGUUCAACUGA